GCUGUGGAGUGUAGUGAUCUUUAAGCCGAUCGCAAGCAACUUGUUAUCUUCUCAGUGUGAGUCUUUUAUUAGAUCACUUCUCUCGUUCGCACCAAUUUCUCCACUCUGGUGGGGUCUCUCUAUCUUCGGCAUGUUCACUAAAUUGAACAAACACAGGCCUGUGAGACGCGAGAAUUUUUAUCAAGAGCAUCGCGGGGGGAUCACUGGUGCCACUCAUGAUAACUCACUAAUGCUAGAGUUUUUCUCCACUCCUCCAGUGUGUGUCUGGCUGAGGGAAGGUGAAGUUCACGAUUUCGCAAUUCUCUCUUGGCUCACGGUCACUUUCUUAAUUGUGCAGCAAUUCGCUUCCUUGUGGUGUGACACUGCGAUUUUCCGGAUCCGCAACAAUGUAUUCAACGCCCAAGAAGCAGACGGGAGACGACUAUCAUGUGGUUGAUCUGAGAUCGGACACUUUCACGACACCCACGCCGGAGAUGCUGCGCGCCAUGGUGGUGGCAAAGGUGGGAGACGACGUGUAUGGCGAGGAUCCGACGCUCAUCGAGCUGGAACAGCGCACCGCCCGGGAGCUGGGCAAGGAGGCGGCCCUGUUCACAAUCAGCGGCACGAUGGGGAAUCUUCUGGCCAUCAUGGCGCACUGCAGCGGGCGCGGCGAGGAGGUGAUUUGCGGCAAUAUGUCGCACGCAUUCCUCUAUGAGCAGGGAAGCGCGGCUCACCUGGCCGGGGUUCAGCUGGCCACGCUGCCCAAUUUGCCGGAUGGGACUUUCAGCCUUGACCUCCUUCGCAAGAGUAUUCGCAGCGUGGACGAUCACGAGCCCACCACGCGCCUCGUGAUAAUUGAGAAUACGCACAAUCUCUGUGGAGGCCGAGUGAUUCCUCUUGAGUGGAUCCGGCAGGUGAGGUCUAUUUGCACGGAGAACAACAUCCUGAUGCACAUGGACGGAGCGAGAAUCUACAAUGCCGCGGCGUAUCUGAAGAUUCCCGUCUCCGAAAUCGCCAAGGACUUCGAUUCGGUGACUUUUUGCCUAAGCAAGGGACUCUCCUGUCCAGUGGGAGCACUUUUGGUGGGCAAGAAGGACUUCAUUACCCGCGCCAGGCGUCUCAGGAAGGCUCUAGGUGGUGGCCUCCGCCAGGGAGGCAUUCUGGCGGCAGCCGGAAUCGUUUCCCUGGAUAGUGUUGUGCCCAUUCUCGACGGAGAUCAUCGCAGAACGAGAAGAAUUGCCGAAGCAAUCGAUGCUCUGCAGAGUCCCAACUUCAAAGUGGACGUUAAGAAUGUGCAGACCAACAUUUUAAUGUUGCAAUUGGUUGAUGUGAAUAUAAAGGCGCCGGAUUUAGUGAAGCGCCUCCAGGAAGUGACAGAAGAGGAAAUUGCUGCAAAUGUGACGGACAAGAGCGGAAAGGGAAUUGUCGUGAAGAUCAGUUCUCGGGACUGGGGAUACUGUCGUCUCGUCGUUUACAUUCAAAUCACAGACGAAGACGUUGAGCUGGCCAUCAAGAAGUUCAGCUUCGUCAUUCGGGAAUUCGAAAAGAAUAAUAGAGCGCAAUAAUGGAGCAUCUUCCACGUGGCGAAAUCCAGCUAUGCGAACAUAUCAAUGGUCAUUGUCUUAUUUGAUUAACUUUGUGAAGAGCCCCAAUUUUUUUCCAGAAAUUAUCUAUGCCUCAUUUUAACCCUGUAAUCUUAUCAAGGGACGCUUCAGUGCGAAAACUUGUAAACAACGAGAUGAAGUAAUGAAUAUUGUUGCUGAAAUACUGAAUUGCUGUAUUAAUAAAGAGAGCGCACUACUAUAAUUAAAGAGUCUUGCUAAAAUAAAGCACACAGUGCUAGUCUUUUUUCUAUUCUGCUGGUCAAAUGUAUGGAUUUUAAGAGGUUUUUUGGGUAGAAUAUUUUUUGUAAAGCUUCUGAUGAAAAUAUACAUAUGCGAAAACUUU